CGGCCGCUCGGCCGUCAGUUGGGCGGCGGAGCCGUGAGGGGAGGACGCGCGGGGUCUGGGGGCGCGCAGACUUUGGGGGCGCGCAGAAUUUGGGGACUCGCAGACUUUGGGGAGCCGCCGUCGCCACCGGCGCCACGACCGGCACCGCCACCGGGCCCAGGGCCGCCACCGGCUCCGCGGCCGCCAUGGAGGCGCCGCCCGCGCCGCCCGCCGCACCCCCGGCGCCCUGCAGCGCCGCGCGGAGCCUGCAGGACGAGCUGACGUGCCCGCUGACGUGCCCGGUGUGCCUGGAGUACUUCAACGACCCGGUGCUGGUGGCCGAGUGCGGGCACAACUUCUGCCGCGCCUGCGUGACCCAGUGCUGGGAGGACUCGGCGCGGCGCCUGUGCUGCCCGCAGUGCCGCGAGCCGGUCCCGCAGCGCCUCUUCCGCCCUAACCGCUCGCUCGGCAACAUCGUGCACAUCGUCCGCCAGCUGGGGCUGCCGCCCGGCCCCGCCGAGCCGCCGCCGGGGCACGGCGAGCCGCUGCGGCUGUACUGCGUGCAGGACCGGCGCGCCGUGUGCGUGGUGUGCCACCUGUCCCGCGAGCACCGCGCCCACACCGUGCUGCCCGCCGAGGAGGCGGCCCACGCCGCCGAGGAGGUGCCCCAGGAGCACCUGAGCUCCCUGAGGAAAGGGCGCGAGGAGGCCAAGGCUGAGCGGGAGCGGCAGAGCGAGGAGCUGCUGAAGCAGACGGAGGUGGAGCGGCAGAAGAUCGUGGCCGAGUGCAAGGAGCUGCGGGCGUUCCUGGAGGAGAAGGAGCAGCUCCUGCUCUCCCGGCUGGAGGAGCUGGAGAGGGACAUUGGGCGCCGGAGGGACGAGAGCGUGGCCAGGCUGUCUGAGGACAUUGCCCAGCUGGACAAGCUCCUGGCAGAGCAGGGCGGGGACAGCGGGACAGGGAGCACACCUGGCGAGGGUGUUGUCCCAGCUGGUGGCAGCCUGGAGAGCUGGAUGUUCCUCAAGCCUGAGCCUGGCUUUUCUGAGCUGGAGAAGAAGCUGAAGAGUUUUUCCCAGAAGAGCGCAGUGCUCAAGGAGGUGCUGCUGGAAUUCAAGGAAAACCUGCGCUUUGAGCUGGAGAAUGACACAGGUGAGCUCUCGCUGGACCCCGACACGGCCAACCCUUACCUGGUGCUGUCGGAGGACAAGCGGAGCGUGCGGCUCCGCGGGGCUCCCCAGGAGCUGCCGGCUCACCCCAAACGCUUCGACUACGCCUUCUGCGUCCUGGCCUCCGAGGGCUUCUCCGCUGGCCGCCACUACUGGGAGGUGGAGGUGGGAGACGGGGAGAGCUGGGUGCUGGGCGCCGCCCGCGAGUCCGUGCGCCGCAAGGAGAAGGUCGACUUCGCCCCCGAGGAGGGGAUUUGGGCAGUGGGGCUCAACUGGAAGGGUAAAAAUUGGGAUCAGUACCAGGCGUUCACCUCUCCCGAGACGCCGCUGUCGCUCUGCGAGCGGCCGCGCAAGAUCGGGGUGUACCUGGACUACGAGGGCGGCUGGGUGGCGUUUUACAACGCUGACAACAUGGCUCCCAUCUUCACCUUCACCGCCGCCUUCUCCGAGAGGAUCUUCCCGUUUUUCUGGCUCUUUUACGUGGGCUCCUCGCUGUCCCUCUGCAACUGAGCCCGCCCCGCUCACUGGUGGUGUCCCCUCUCCCCUGCCAUCCUUAGGUUUUCCUUUGCUUCCAAGCAAAACGCCCCAAAUCCUGCCCUUGGCUGUUUAGGGGGCAUUUUUUUCCUGUUGCAGUUCAAAGUUUGGAGUCUUUUUACCCUUGAUAUUUUCCUCAGGGGCAUUGGUUGGUGAGGGGGUGCUACUUGAGCACCCCUUCCCUGUUGCUGGUUAAACACCCCUGUAGUUCAUUUUGUGUUUUUCUUUGGAGUUGGAAGCCCCGUGGAACAGGGAGAGGCCGAUCCCAUCCUACUUCGAAUAGUAGCCAAAGCUUUGUGUCCCCCCUCCCCCCUAAAAUGCUGUGUGGAGAGGAGGGGUGUCACCCCCCCCCAGUUUGGACACCAUUGCUUUGCAAGUCAUCUGUACCCAUCCCAUCCUGUCUCAUCCCAUUCCCCCUGGGGAAAGGGCCAAGCCCCUCCUGCUGUUGCUGAGUGAUCCCCCCCUCUCCUCUAUUGCCCCUCCCAUUGUCCCCCCUCCUUUUGUCCCCAUCUCCCCCAUUGCCCCCCAUCAACCCCUCCCUCUUUAUCUCCUCAUCUUCCCCACUGUCCCCCCACCAUUUCCCUUCUCAUCUCACCUUCUAUCCCCCUAAAUUCUGAGGCCCUGGAGUGCCAGGAUGCCAGCGAGGGGAUGUGGAUAUUUGGGGUCACCCCAAGCCCGGGCCGGGGGGGUUUUUGGGGGGGCUGGGGGUGGUUCUGUGUUCUUAGGUGUGAUCUCGCGCUUGCCCGCUCCCCUCGUGCCCUUGCCCCUGCUGCUGUUCGUGUCCUUUGCCCUGUCACUGUUAGUGGGGAAAUAAAAGUUGCUGUGCAAAAAAAAAAAAA